ACUGAACCGAUUGACUUUAAAUUUGGUAUGUGGAUACCUUGAGGUAGUAGCUCGGUCGAGUUUGAAUUUGGGUCCUGUAGGUUAAAGGGCACCAGAGAUAUGGGAUUCACGCAGAAGGAAGUUGUUUUUCUUGAAUUUACAUUCAACUCGUUUGAAGUAAUAUCGACGUUAUAAGAGGGAGCAAGAGGUUGCGUCACUAGCGGAGCGUAAUAUCGAAGGUGGCGAGGUGGAAUUUAGGGUAUAUAGAAAAACACGCACACACUAUUAUUAUUUUUAACAAUUAACCUUUCCUGGUGUAUUUCCGAGAUCAGAAGUGGAAUUUUGUGGUGAAGUUCCGACAUAUAUAUCUGGAAUAACAUGCGUGGAAAUAUUAUGUGCAAAAACAAUAAAAACAUCAAUCGUAAUGUAGUUUAUAAUAUAAUCUACCCUUUUAGUCACAUUUUAAAAUCACAUCACCCACCUAUUUAUAGUUUUUUUUUUCAUACCUUACAUGCACCCUUAAAGUAAAUUUAAGUAAUUUUAGUGCUAACUUCUCAAAUGUAUGGGAUUUCAAAUCAAUAGGUAUGUGAUUUUGACCCAAAAUUAUUCGAAUUUACCGUAAACGAAAAUUUUAAAGUUAACGAAUACUUAGUUUUGAAAGUCUCGCGAAGUUUCAUAUGGGUACCCGCUGCGAUGCUAGUAACAUACUCUGAAGACGGACUUUCAAUUUUUUGGUUUUGAGCUUUGGAUACAAUUCUUUUUUCGGUAGCUUGCCUUGCUACAUAUUUAUUUUUAUCUAUGUUCCGUAGUGUUCUUUGUCCCUGAACGACGGUACUUCACGUGACGGUUUUCGAAUAAUAACGCGGGCUAUUUGUUUUAAUUAUGUUUUAGUAUUAUUGUGGUAGCCCGUGUAGUGGCGGGUAAGAAAAUCCACUACCCCAUAUCUUCCCAUGGAUGUCAUAAGAGGCGGCAGAGGGAAAUCGAGGCAGAAGAUGGGCUCUGAUGAUUCUGAGAACAGCAAAAUAACAAUAAAAAACUGCGGUUGCUAACCCGCUCGCCAAGCGAGGCAACUAUGGCAAUAUACCCCCGAUGAAUAAAGUUACAAAGAGAUGCUGCAGUUCCUUCAGCGGUGCCAAGUUGACUCUCGGUAUAUCGAAGUGCUGAAGUGUUUGUACAGUAGGGCUACAAUGGCUAUCCGAGUACAGAACCGGAGUACGAAAUGUAUCCAACUGCAGAGAGAUGUAAGACAGUGUGAUGUUAUAUCCCCGAAAGUCUUCACCGCUGCAUUGGAAGACGUUUUCAAGCUACUGGACUGGAAAGGAUACGGUAUUUACGUCAAUAGCGAGUACAUCACUCACCUUCUAUUUGCCGACGAUAUAGUCCUUAUGGCCAGGGCUCGGAAACGUUAUUAGAAAUAACGUUUUUAAAACGUUAUUUCUAAUAAAAUCUAAGAUCUAAUAUCUAAUAAAUCACAAAACAAAAACGAAAUGAGAAAGCUAUGUGAAAACGUAAAAAACGGUUUAUUCAGCAGGAAGCUAAAUGAAUGGCACGUGCCACAACAAGUUUAAACCUAUAAGGUAUUUUGUUUCGUAUUGCAGGGCCAAAAACGUUUUAUUGAACAACAACGAUUUAAAAUUUCGUUCUCUUCAUAAACGUUUUUAUUAUGAUUCCGUUCGUACAUUAACGAAACAAAUGUUUUUAGGUAUUUUAUGGCGGCUCUUCACGCUGGCCAACAUACUGGCGAAUGUGUUGGCCAAUAACGAUGGCCAUCGUGUAGAGCGGGUGUUUAUGCUUAUGUUGGUAUGUAUUGGAAUGAUGACCCACAAGUUAGCGCAAGAUCCGUAUGGUGUCGGUUUUUUACAAAAGAUCAAAGGGUUGUGGCAGAUUAUUGGCCGCCGCGUCCACACGUUGGGCGCACGUUCAGUUUGCUACCAGUGUUGCCAACUAUACGGAUAUCCGUAUUUAUAUGGAUUUUAAACCUCGCAUACGGAUAACAUUCAGAUACGGAUUUCAUAUUACAUUCUCAGCUCUCAAUAUGAACAAGGAAAUCAAUUGUCUACUGAGACAAUAGAGGGACUGCUAUAUACUAAUUAUUUGUUAGGGAGCAGUCUGUUUUGAUUUCGAAGCAAACUCAUC